AGGGAAAAUCUAGAACUCACCCAGGACAGGAGCCUCAGACUAAAUGGGUCCAGUUAUGCCUCCUAGUAAGAAGCCAGAGGGCUCGGGAAUUACCAUUUCCAGCGGACUGAGCCAGUGUUACACAGAUGGUGACCUAUCAAAAACUCUACAGGAUGAAGAAGACUUAGAUUUUUCUUUGCCUACUCUUCGAUUGGAAAAAGGUCCCAUAGAAGAUGAAGAACUUACCAAUUUGAACUGGUUACAUGAAAGUAAGAACUUGCUGAAAAGUUUUGGGGACUCUGUCUUAAGAAGUGUUAGCCCAGUUCAAGACCUGGAUGAUGAUACCCCUCCAUCUCCUGCUCAUGCUGACAUGCCCUAUGAUGCCAAGCAGAACCCUAACUGUAAACCACCAUAUUCAUUUAGCUGCCUCAUAUUUAUGGCCAUUGAGGACUCUCCAAACAAACGGCUUCCUGUGAAGGAUAUAUACAACUGGAUUUUGGAACACUUCCCUUAUUUUGCAAAUGCUCCUACUGGAUGGAAAAAUUCUGUGAGGCAUAAUCUGUCAUUAAAUAAAUGUUUUAAGAAAGUGGACAAAGACAGAAGUCAGGUGAGGCUGGAAUAAUGUCUGUAAAAUCCAUUUAGUCUUCUAAUCUUUAUUACUACUUUGGGUUUUGGGUUUUUUUUUUUGUUCUAGUUAAAAUGGAUCAAGCAGUCCUGUGUCUCCUCUUUCCUCUCUCCCAGUAUUACUUCAUGCAUUUGAAGAAAUAGUAUUUGCUCUCAAGUGGUUCAUUUAUAAAACAUUGAAUUUUUUUUGUCUAGACAGCUGUAAGAUAUUUGUAUAAAUAUGUAGUAUGCAUUUUUAAAUUCCAUUUUAUAUCUCUCUCUACAAUACCAAUAUAGGGUAUUUUGUUUUACUGAUGAUUUUGAGACAUACCAGGUGCAUGUAAUCACAUAGAAUGAGUUGAAUACUAUGCUUGGCUUUAUAUACGUCUGUGCAGUUUUUGCUUCUCUUCCACUUUAAUUGAAUGUGAAGAAAUUGAUUUCUUAGUGUUGCAUGCAUAGACCUUUGCAGUCUUGCAGUUUUCUGUUUAUUACUAAACAAUUUUACUAUUUUAUAUUAAUAUUAAUAUUUUUAUAUUAAUAUUUCAUUUAUAACCAUCUGCUGUAACUUUGGUUUAUUUUGGGUUGCUUCCAUGCACGGAACUGGUGAGAUCUGUAUCUUAAGUUCAGUAAAAUUCACAGAUUGACCCAUCGGAAAAAAAUCUAGUAUCAAAAAAUAUGUUUUUGGUUUCUGUUUGCUUAAGUUCGGAUAAAGUAUUUGAACUGAGGAGAAGUGAAAGCCUAAGUUUUGCAAAAAAGAAAAGCACUGGGAGUUGAGAUAAAUAGCAUAUAUACAGAUAUUCCAUUCAGGAUUGCAUUUUACAGAAGAUGUACUUAGUCUUUCUGGUCUGUAUUUUAUCACUGGCAGCAGAUCUGCAGAUUUAAGCAACUGCUGCCUAAUUGUUUGCAUUAAAGAAGCAAGAAUUGAAUGUAGGACCAUCUUUAUACCAACCUUGU